UCUUAAAAAUCCCACAUUUUCUAUUUGCUUCACCAUUAUUUUCCAGCUUAAAUUUCUUUGAAAAAUUUCAAGAAUUUGAUCCCUGUCAGCUUUCUGCUAAAAAUUGAAUCUUGGAAAUUUUGAGAACUCCUGGUUUAUGUAAUGAUGGCGAAAACAGAGAGUUGUGCAGAUAAGCAAAUGUGUUUUCGUGUGUCCGAGUGAUUUUCGUUGCUCGGGAAGUUAUUUCAUACCAAAAAGCUGGCGAUUUUGUGUGAGAUAUUGUACAACAGAAUCCUGGCUGUUGACAAGAAAUGAGGAGUAGAUGGAACAUUUAUGGAAUCAAGUUGUUGUUUCUCACCAUUUUGAUUCUUCUUUUGGAUGUUCAUGAAUGUUGCUCUCUUAAUUCUGAAGGAUUGGCGUUAUUGGGAUUCAAAUUGAAUGUGGAUUCUGAUCCAAAUGGAGUUCUUGAAAACUGGAAUGCUGAUCAUUGUGACCCGUGCAUGUGGUUCGGUGUUGAGUGUGUGGAUGGUAAAGUGCAAAUGCUCAAUCUCCAUGAAUGUUCUUUGGAAGGAACUCUGGCUCCAGAGCUUGGGAAUCUUACUCACUUGAGAUCACUCGUGCUCUCAGGAAACCAUUUUUUCGGUGCUAUUCCUAAAGAAUUUGGAAAGCUCGGAAUGCUGGAAGUGCUUGACUUGAGGGAUAAUAAUUUGAGUGGACCAAUUCCAGCAGAAAUAGGAGACCUGCAAUCACUAAGAAUCUUGUUGAUUCAUAACAAUAACUUUGAAGAGAGUGUUCCUUUGGAAAUUGGGAAGCUUCAUUUAGUCUCGGAAUUGCAAUUCGAUGAAAAUAUCACUUCUGCUUUUGCUGCCGGAACUCGCUGUAUAAGAAAAUUUCGCCAUUGCAUCUGGCAUGGAAGCAUGAGACCAUUCAAGACGAUAAACUCGUUUAUCGAACCAAUAAAAGGGACACUUUCCCGUUACCUCAGUUUCUUCCAACUGCCAUCCCCUGUAAAGGGCUUUGUGGAUGACUGUAAAGACUGCACCGACGACCUUCCAAGGUCAUCGAGACCUCACAUCAUCCACACUCUACAACACCAAGAGGAGUUUGCACGCCGUAAGUUGGUUGAACAAUCCAGUAACCUUGCUGCUGCUCCUGCCAAUAUCAAAGGACCGUUGGGACCCGUCAUUCAAAUGCCAAGUAGCAGAAGUAGCGGAUCAUUCCGUGCUGUGCCAAAUUCCGAUGGAACAACACCUCCUACAGACUUACUGUCCCCACCUCCAGCUCCACCUCAUGAGUCUCAGCCAGUUAAACAGCCACCUGCUGUUAAACAGCCGACUAAUAGUCAAUCUCCACCUGCUGGAAAAUCUGAAAAUACUUGGAAGUAUGUAGUUGGGAUUUGCGUCGGAGUAUUUUUACUCAUUCUUGCUGUGUCUGUGUUCUUAAUAUGCCAAAUCAGAGCAGCUAGAACAAUUGGCCCUUGGAAGACUGGAUUGAGUGGACAGCUGCAAAAAGCAUUUGUUACAGGGGUUCCAAAACUGAACAGGUCUGAGCUCGAAACAGCAUGUGAGGAUUUUAGCAACAUUAUUACAAGUGGCGAUUCAUAUAUAGUAUAUAAAGGAACAUUGUCCAGCGGAGUGGAGAUUGCCGUUAUCUCCACUACUAUAAUUUCUUUAAAAGAUUGGUCUUUGCACUCAGAAACAGCCUUCAGGAAGAAGAUCGAUACGUUUUCAAGAGUGAACCACAAGAAUUUCGUUAACCUUAUUGGAUAUUGUGAGGAGGACGAACCUUUCACUCGGAUGAUGGUCUUUGAAUAUGCCCCUAACGGAUCUCUUUUCGAGCAUAUUCAUGUUGAAGAAGCUGAUCAUCUUGACUGGCCUGCGAGGAUGAGAACUGUUAUGGGUACGGCAUAUUGUCUUCAAUACAUGCACGAAUUGAACCCCCCGGUGCCACAUUGCAACUUGAAUUCAAAGGCCAUAUUUUUGACCGACGAUUAUGCUGCUAAGAUUACGGAGAUUGAUUUCUGGUCAGAACUAACAGACAAGUCGAAGUCCUCUAGUGAUGAUUUAGAGAACUCCGUGUUGCCGCCGCUUGCUGAUCCGGAAACUAAUGUCUAUAGCUUUGGGAUUCUUUUAAUAGAAAUAAUUUCUGGAAAAUCGCCUUAUUCAGACGAAAAAGAGUCUCUUCUGAACUGGGUGGCACAAUAUCUUCGUCACGACAAGCAGAAUAUCGCCUCACUGGUGGAUCCAUCAUUGAAGUCUUUCAAGAAUAAUGAGCUUAUGAUUAUUUGUGAAGUAAUUGAACAAUGCCUUCAAGAAGAUCCAAGGAAGAGACCAACUAUCAAAGAAGCCAUUGAUAAAUUAAGGGAAGCAAUUGAUGUAUCACCAAAUGCUGCAGUUCCAAGGCUUUCUCCUUUGUGGUGGGCUGAACUUGAGUUAUUAUCCAGUGAGGCAGCGUAAUCCAGCUUAAUUUGCCCCUGUAUGAGUACGUACGUGUUGCUUUGCUACAUAUGAAUACACAAAUACAUCGUUUCUCUUAAAGCCCCUCAUGUAGUCAUAUUUAACCGUCCUCUAUACAUUUAUCAUCUAUAUUGGUUUAUUCUUUUAUUAUUCGAGUGAUAUAGACAAUGAGGAUUCAUAUAGCCGACCCCACUGCUUGCUUGGGAUUGAGGUGUAAUAGCUGUUGUACAUUGGUUUAUUCUUUUAUUAUUUGUGUGACAUGGACGGUGACAAUUCAUAGAGCUGACUUCAACUUGUUUGGGAUUGAGGCAUUGUUGUUGUUGUAUAUUAGUUUAUUUUUUUAUUGUUU